GGCGUUGAGUCAGCCUGGUGCUCGCGACGGCCGGGCCCGUGGUCCGAAGCGCGGACGGCUCGAGAUGUUUGUGCAUAGGCGCAGACAGACUCGGGCAUCCGGAUCCUGCCUGUCAGCUCUCGGUUUUUAAAAAACGACAGCUUCUGCGAAAAAGGGAAAAGCCAGACCUGCCUGCGAAUGGAACCUAGAAAGAUUGUGCAAUGAAUGGUGAUACUCGGGCGGCAGUGGUGACCUCACCACCCCCGACCACAGUCCCUCACAAGGAGAGGUAUUUCGACAGAGUGGAUGAGAACAAUCCAGAAUACUUGCGAGAGAGGAACAUGGCCCCAGACCUUCGCCAGGACUUCAACAUGAUGGAGCAGAAGAAGAGGGUGUCCAUGAUUCUGCAGAGCCCCGCUUUCUGUGAAGAGCUGGAGUCAAUGAUACAGGAACAAUUUAAGAAGGGGAAGAAUCCCACAGGCCUGUUGGCAUUACAGCAGAUUGCAGACUUCAUGACCGCGAAUGUCCCAAACGUCUACCCGGCAGCUCCACAGGGAGGGAUGGCUGCCUUAAACAUGAGUCUCGGUAUGGUGACUCCUGUGAAUGACCUUAGAGGAUCAGAUUCUAUUGCCUAUGACAAAGGGGAGAAGUUAUUGCGGUGUAAACUGGCGGCCCUUUACCGACUAGCGGAUCUCUUUGGAUGGUCGCAGCUUAUCUACAAUCACAUCACAACCAGAGUGAGCUCUGAGCAGGAACACUUCCUCAUCGUACCGUUUGGACUUCUCUACAGUGAAGUGACUGCAUCCAGUUUGGUUAAAAUCAACCUACAAGGAGAUGUAGUAGAUCGUGGAAGCACUAACCUGGGGGUCAAUCAGGCUGGCUUCACACUGCAUUCUGCAAUUUACGCUGCACGGCCGGACGUGAAGUGUGUUGUGCACAUCCACACGCCGGCAGGGGCUGCGGUCUCUGCAAUGAAGUGCGGCCUCUUGCCAAUCUCCCCAGAGGCACUUUCCCUUGGAGAAGUGGCUUAUCAUGAUUAUCAUGGGAUUCUGGUUGAUGAGGAAGAAAAAGUUUUAAUUCAGAAAAAUUUGGGGCCUAAAAGCAAGGUCCUCAUUCUCCGGAACCACGGGCUGGUGUCCGCUGGCGAGAGUGUGGAGGAGGCCUUCUAUUACAUCCAUAACCUCGUGGUUGCGUGUGAGAUCCAGGUUCGCACUCUGGCCAGUGCAGGAGGGCCAGACAACUUAGUCCUCCUGGAUCCCGAGAAGUACAAAGCCAAGUCCCGCCCCGCUGGGUCUCCAGCCGCGGAGGGCAGCGGGUCAACUCCCCAGUGGCAGAUUGGUGAGCAGGAGUUUGAAGCCCUCAUGCGGAUGCUCGAUAAUCUGGGUUACAGAACUGGCUACCCAUAUCGAUACCCUGCUCUGAGAGAGAAAUCUAAAAAACACAGCGAUGUGGAGGUCCCUGCAAGUGUCACGGGUUACCCCUUUGCUAGUGACGGUGACUCGGGCACUUGCUCGCCUCUCAGACACAGUUUUCAGAAGCAGCAACGAGAGAAGACAAGGUGGCUGAACUCUGGCCGGGGUGAGGAUGCUUCUGAGGAAGGGCCGAAUGGAAGCAGCCCCAAGUCGAAGACUAAGGUGUGGACGAACAUUACACACGAUCACGUGAAACCCUUGCUGCAGUCUCUCUCGUCCGGUGUCUGCGUGCCAAGCUGUAUUACCAACUGCUUGUGGACUAAAGAGGAUGGACAUAGAACUUCCACCUCUGCUGUCCCUAACCUGUUUGUUCCAUUGAACACAAACCCGAAAGAGGUCCAGGAGAUGAGGAACAAGAUUCGAGAGCAGAACUUGCAGGACAUUAAGACGGCUGGCCCCCAGUCGCAGGUUUUGUGUGGUGUGGUGAUGGACAGGAGCCUGGUCCAGGACGCGCCCCUCUCUGACUGUACGGAAACAAUCGAAGGGCUCGAGCGUACAGAGCAGGCCUUUAGUCCCGCUAGAGCUCUCUCUUUUAGAAAGGGAGAGCUGGUGACAGCCUCCAAGGCCAUCAUCGAGAAGGAGUACCAGCCCCACGUCAUCGUGAGCACCACGGGCCCCAACCCCUUCAACACGCUCACUGACCGCGAGCUGGAGGAGUACCGCAGGGAGGUGGAGCGGAAGCAGAAGGGCCCUGAAGAGAGUCUGGACGAGACUGGAGAACAGAAAGAAAAGAGUCCUCCGGAGCCCCCUGCCGCCCCCCACACACCCCCCAGCACCCCGGUCCAGCUGGAGGAAGACCCACCGCAGGAGCCGACUCCCAGAGACGACAGCGAUGCCGCCACCUUCCAGCCGCCCCUCCCCGACCUGUCCCCGGAUGAGCCUUCGGAAGCGCUCGGCUUCCCGACUUUGGAGGAGGAGGAGGAGGAGGAGGAGGAGGAGGGGCUUUGUGAAGCUGGGGGCCCUCCAAGCCCCACCGGGUCCCCCACGGAGGCCAGCCCCGAGCCAGCCACAGCCCCGGCUGCGGAGGAGGGGGCUGCCGUGGACCCCGGCAGCGAUGGGUCUCCGGGGAAGUCCCCGUCCAAAAAGAAGAAGAAAUUCCGCACCCCCUCCUUCCUGAAGAAGAGCAAGACGAGGAGCGGCUCCUGAAGGCCUGUCCCACCAAACUGACGCCACCAGACUGUCCCCGGCCACGUCCCCUGCUGUCUCCUUGUGUAGUGGAAUGCAAGCCCCGCCCUCUGUGUAGCUAGUGACCCCCCCACCCCCACGCAGAGCGGUGCUAACCCCGUGUGCGCAGCGGCCCCCACCCCGGGCCCUCGGCCUCAGGUUCUGGGGGAGACUCUGUCUCCGCGUCCAGCUCCGGGUCCUGCCCCACAGGGACCAGCACGUCGGCCCAGCUCAGUCUGCUCCCCGGGGACGCAGGCUCCUCGGGGUGUCACGUCAUUUUCUGGCUGGACCGGAGGAGGCCCUGACCUUGACCUCACUGCCCUCCUGCUGUGCAGUGACCGCUCCCCGUGUCUGCCGCGCCUUCACCCCAAGGUCUCAGGUGACUGGAUCAGACCACAGCUUCCUGCUAGCACGUCUGCUCAGUGAGGCCCACGAAGGCUCGGUCCUGUGAGGCCCUCGCGCGCCCGCCAGCAGCGCAGCCUCUGAGGCGGCCUUUCCCGGGCGGGUUUGGGGUGAGCGGGCGCCCCCGGCAGCAGGCGGGCCUCUGCACCCAGGGCAACCGAUGCGCGGUCUCAGUGGCUCCCGCGCCCCAAACCAGAUCCCGCUCCUUGCUCACUGGGGUCUCCAGAGCCCUGUCGCCCGGGUCCCAUCGUUGGGAAGGCGCGUCGGGAGGGAAGAGGCAUUUCCGACUCCCUCUCCAGCAGGCGCGCCCGCUCGCCCUGCGUUCAGCGAGCGCGAACGGGCCUCUGCGCAGGCGCGCUCCUCCCCCCUGGGCCUGCAUCAGGGGCCUCCGGGCGCCGCGCGCCUUGGGGAGGUCUCAGACCUGGGAGGGGAGCUGCUCUUACCUUCGCUCCACCUGAAGGGUGCCCUGGUCUUGAUGAAGGCAGCUCGAGGCAGGAGUUGGCCCUGGGGGCCCCACCUGAUGUCCCGUGGUCACUGACGGAGCUCCCCCUCCGCCUCCAACACUCCACUCAGAUCCCUGGAAAACAGCGUGAAGCUGCCCAGUGGGAGCCAAUGGGUGGCCCGAUGGCCACCUCGACAGUGCCCUGUUCCAGGAGCUGCCGGUGCCAGCCUGUCCCCCAGGUGGGCCCCCUGGAGGGGCAGGGCCCCUUGGUGGACCUGGUACCAGAUGUGGGCUCGGGUCUCAUGCCCUCGACACCCUCACAGGACCUGAGGCCGGCUGCAUGGCACUGACCUCUGCUUCGAGCUCACUGGCGAGCAAGCCGCUUUUCGUGUGUAUCGUUGCGUUGCCGAGAUGGUGGUAAAUUCUCCCCUCACCCUGAACUCAGUUAACCACAGGCUCUUCCUUUUAUCUCUGCCUCUGACCCCACAUAUGCAAUGACUUUAAUUUCAUUUUUGUAGUUUAUUUUAACUCUUUGUAUUACAACAUGAAGUUCAGUUGUGUACAUGGACACAGGCUUGGGAGGGCAGGUCCUGUGGCCUUUCUUCACUAUACGAUGUUUUACUCACAAAUAAAUUUCUUUAAGCAGUCUCCUUGUCUAAA